CGCCGAAGAGCCCGAGAUACAAGUUGUUUUUUAUUUUUCAAGUCUCAAGUACUAAGGAGUGUGCUCCGGUUAAACAAUGGAUUUAGACGAGGUCCUUGGUGAAUUGGGAUUGGGCCCAUAUCAAGUGUCCAUAUGUGCCGUUAUUGGAUUCAUUCUAACGUACUCAAACAUAUCUCCACUUAGUUACGCCAUUACAGCCAGUGAUCUUAAAUACAGGUGCGAAAUCCCGCAGUGUGACAUUGACAACCCAUCCUUCAACGUGGACUGGUUGAACAUGACGAUACCUUUCAACAAAAGGACCAAUGAGCCUUAUAAAUGUCUAAAGUACCACUAUAUACCACAUAAUGUUAAAGGGGCUAAUAUCUCGACCAAUGGUACAUGUAUGCCAGAAGCAUUCAAUGUCAAUCGUAGAGAAAAAUGCGACAAAUGGGUGUUUGAAGACAUGGAAAGGACAAUAGUAAAUGAUUUUGGUAUUAUGUGCGAGGAAAACAAAUGGAAACUCAGCAUGGUGGGAACCAUCAACAGCGUUGGUCAAUUAUUCGGCAUUCCCUUAUCAGGAUACAUUUCUGACAAGUAUGGACGCAAGUAUAUCUGUAUAACAGGGACACUCAUGUCGGCCAUAUUUGGCACAAUCAAAUCCUUCGCUACCAAUUAUUAUUCAUUCCUCGUUUUUGAAUUUUUGGAUUCCAUGGCUUCUAGUGGAGUGUAUGCUGCAACCUUUGUAUUAGCUAUAGAAUUCGUCAGUCCAAAGUCGCGGGUUAUCAUCAGUACUGUUGUGGGCUGUUUUUAUCCUAUGGGCGCAGUUAUCAUGGGCUUCACGGCCUACAUGAUUCAGGAUUGGCGUAUAAUCCUUAGAAUACUCUACUUACCUGGACUACUUGUAAUAGGAGCUGCUUGGUACGUGCCAGAGUCUUUAAGAUGGCUUCAAACCGAAAAUCGAAUUGAAGAAGUAGCCAAUGUUCUAUCCAAAGUUGCUAAAUCCAAUGGCAAAACACUACCGGAUUGCAUCAAAGAAGCACUGGUCGCCAACACUAACGCUAAAGCCAAUGUAACGGACACGCCCAAGAAAAACCAAUUGUCUUGUAAAAAAUUAUUGAGUGAUAUAUUUAGUUCAAAAGCGAUUACACUGCGUAUAAUGAAUUGUUCGUUUUGCUGGUUUACGAUUACAUUAGUUUAUUACGGCCUUUCCUUAACUUCUGUGGAAUUAUCCGGUAACAAACAUUUUAACUUUAUGCUUGUAAACGCUGUAGAAAUACCAGCUAGUUUAACAUUGUGGUACGUUAUGGAAAAUUUUUCGCGACGGAAGACCCAAGCUUACUCGUUCUUCUUCAGCGGAUUGGGAUGUAUUAUGGUCAAUUUAAUAUCUGCGAAUUAUAUAUGGAUACAACUAUUUUUGUUCUUGUGCAGCAAGUUUGCAAUCACCAUGUCAUUUAACGCCAUGUACGUGUACACCGCAGAAAUGUUCCCCACCGAAAUGCGUAUGACAUUGUUCGGUAUAACUAGCAUGUUUGGCCGAUUGGGUGUCAUGUUUGCUCCACAAAUGACAUUGUUGGGCGCCUAUUAUGGACAAUACGUACCAAUCUUAUUAUUCGGAAUUUUAUCAAUUACGGCUGGGGCGUUGUCUUUCUUUUUCCCGGAAACAAAAGAUAAAAAAUUACCCGAUACAGUAAAACAAGCUGAAUUCGUCGUAGAUAUCUAA